AUGGCCGCCCUUCCUCAAUUGGCUCGCAGCGGCCAGCGACACGUUCUACUCCGCUUGCGCUCUGUUCCUACUCUCCAUGCCUCUCCUCAAUUAAAACCGAUCCAACCGACGAGACUAUGCCUACAAUCCUCCAGGGCUCUGUCAACCCUGCGGCUAGCCCAGUCGCCUUCUAGAAACACGAGCAUCGGUCUUUCGAAGCUCCCUUCCCGUCUCUUCUACCCUCCCACUGCGGGGACAGUGAGAUACAUUUCUACCAAAGAGCUCCCUAACAACAAGGGACCCUUCGUUCGGUUCUGUUACCGCAUAUUUGCAUACACGGGCAUCUUCAUCGUCUUCUCCGGAACCUUGGUCCUCGCCUUUUUCCUCUACGAUGCUUCCACAUACCGAGAAGCACCCGAAACGACCGGUGAUAUUGCUGUGUCGGAAGCGGCACUGUCACCCAGAACAGGAGGGCCAAAGAACUUGCCCAUCGCCGAGGUAUUGGUCGAUGACGAGGAUUGCGAGCACAUGCGCGAGCAAAAGGACAAGCCCAAACUGGUCGUCCUGGGCACGGGCUGGGGGAGCGUCGCCAUGUUGAAAGAACUCCACCCCGGUGACUAUCAUGUUACUGUCGUGUCUCCCGACAAUUACUUCCUGUUCACACCCAUGUUGCCUUCUGCCACCGUGGGCACUCUGGAGUUGCGAUCGCUGGUCGAGCCAGUCCGCAGGAUUGUCAAUCGAUUGAGAGGGCAUUUCUUAAGGGCUGAAGCUGUUGACGUCGACUUCGCUGAACGGUUGGUCGAAGUGGCCCAGGUCGACGCCGAUGGCAAUAGGCAGCAUUUCUAUCUUCCCUACGACAAGUUGAUCAUUGGAGUCGGCUCCACCACCAACCCUCAUGGCGUCAAGGGCUUGGAACACUGUAACUUCCUCAAGACCAUAGAAGAUGCGCGCCUGAUCAAGAACAAGGUCCUCCGCAAUCUCGAACUUGCCUGCCUGCCCACAACCUCUGACGAAGAAAGAAGGAGACUGCUCUCGUUCGUUAUCAGUGGCGGUGGCCCAACGGGGGUCGAGUUCGCCGCCGAACUAUACGACAUGCUCAACGAGGACCUCUUGAAGUCGUUUCCACGGAUCUUACGGAACGAAGUCUCGGUGCACGUCAUUCAGUCGCGAGGCCACAUCCUCAAUACCUACGAUGAAGCCUUGUCGGUCUACGCCGAGAAGAGGUUCGAACAUGAUCACGUCGAGGUUCUGACGAAUUCGCGGGUCAAGGAAGUCAAGCCCGACCGAAUCAUCUUUUCUCAGAUGGAGGAUGGGAACCCGGUCACAAAAGAGCUCCCAAUGGGAUUCUGUUUAUGGUCAACUGGUGUCGCGCAGACUGAAUUGAGCCGCAAGAUCGCCCAGAAGCUCGGUGACUUCCAGAACAACCGACACGCCCUCGAGACUGAUACACAUCUGCGACUCCAAGGCGCGCCACUGGGCGAGGUCUACGCCAUCGGAGACUGCGCCACGGUCCAAAACAAUGUCGCGGAUCAUCUCACUACCUUCAUCCGUGGGAUGGCGUUCGAGCAGGGUAAAGACCCGGAAAAAAUGCACAUCACCUUCCAAGACUGGCGCAGUGUCGCGCAAAAAGUGCGCAAGCGGUUUCCCCAGGCAGCCGGCCAUCUCAAACGACUCGACAAGCUGUUUCAGGAAUAUGACAAGGAUAAAUCCGGCACGUUAGAUUUCGGCGAGCUGCACGAAUUGCUUGUCCAGAUUGAUUCCAAACUCACCUCUCUUCCCGCAACGGCUCAACGUGCGAAUCAACAAGGUCAGUAUCUUGGUCGGAAAUUCAAUAAGAUUGCCGCCGCCAUCCCGGGCUUCAAGGCCAACGAGGUCGAUUUUGGAGACCUCGACGAAGCCGUCUACAAGGCCUUUGAGUACCACCACAUGGGUUCACUGGCCUACAUUGGAAACGCCGCCAUUUUUGAUUUUGGCGGUCUGAAUUUCAGCGGUGGGUUGAUGGCCGUCUACUUAUGGAGGAGCAUCUAUUUUGCACAAAGUGUCAGUUUCCGGACGAGGAUGUUGUUGGCAAUGGAUUGGAGCAAGCGAGCACUGUUUGGACGAGGUGAGCUUAACAUCGGCGGCUUAGUGACUACGAUCGAGGGCGACGACUGA